GCCUACAAAAGUUUCUUCAAAACUUCCUAAUGAUUUGCAAGAAAAACUUACUACAUUUUAUGAAAAUAUUAAUCAAUCACGAAGAAACAAUAAUUUUGACCUAAGCUGCAUAGCUAAUUUAGAUGAAACUUCUAUUUUUUUAAUAUGUGUUAUACCCACAGGAUUUAUAUUUAUUGUACAACCUUUAGAUGUAAGUAUUAAUAAGCCAUUUAAAGAAAGUCUUCGUAAUAAAUGGAGAAUUUGGAUGACCGCUGGAAAUCAUAAAUUUACUAAAAAAAGAAAUAUGAAAAAGCCAGAACACGAUUUAAUGUACCAUUGGAUUAUGGAAGCAUGGAGUGAUAUCUCACCAGAAACUAUAAUCAAGUCCUUUAAAAAAUGUGGAAUAUCUAAUGCUUUAGAUGGUUCAGAAAAUGAAUUAAUCAGAAGAGAUAAAGAUAACAAUGAGCAUAUUUUUGUUAUAUUCAAUAAUGAAAAUGAGAACAGUGAAA